AUGGAGAGAGAUAACAUUCGAUACGUGCAGAAGUGUCAUCAAUGCCAAGCGCAUGGAGAUUUUAUACGAGUUCCACCAAAUGAGCUCAAUGUUAUGGGUUCCCCUUGGCCAUUUACCGCUUGGGGCAUAGAUCUAAUUGGACCCAUAGAUACUAACACAUCAAAUGGACAUUGUUUCAUCAAUCUUAUGAAGGAAAUUUGUGAACAGUUUAAGAUUGCUCAUCAAAAUUCCACAUCUUAUCGGCCACAGAUAAAUGGAGCAGUUGAAGCUGCAAAUAAGAAUAUCAAGAAAAUUUUAAGGAAGAUAGUGGAUAGUCACAAACAAUGGCACAAGAAGUUACCAUAUGCUCUACUCGAUUAUCAUACCACAAUAAGAACUUCCACUGCGGCAACUCCUUAUAUGUUGGUUUAUGGUUCAGAAGCAGUAAUAUUUGCUGAAGUGGAAAUACCAUCUUUAAGGAUUAUUCAAAAGGCGUUACAUUACAAUUUUUACACUGCUGAAUACAGGCGUUACAUUUACAAGCUUUACACCGUCGGAUACAGCUGUAUAUCUAGUUCAGAGAACGAACAUAGAGACCUUGUCCGAGAAGUGCUUCAGGCUUCGACAAUGGUUUUUGAAGAGGGACACCAUUCUUAUUACUCUAUUCACCCAAGAUCCACCAAAGCAUACCAUGAUAUUAAAGAGAUCUACUGGUGGCACAGGAUGAAUAAGGACCUUGUUGAGUUUGCGGCACAGUAUCCUAAUUGCCAACAUGUGAAUGUUGAGCAUUAG